AGUUUAUAACUGUUAUCUUCUAUCCAAUCUGCAGUUUUGAUGUUUAAUUAGAGACAGAUAAAGAAGCAUACUAAAUCGUAGGCCUACCAAAAUAGGAACAAAACAGUUAGUAAAAAAAAAAAAGAACAUUUGAAUAUUACUAAUCUUUAUACACCUUUAGAUGUGUUUACAGUAUGCCCUACUAUAAUUAUGAUCUGCAUUACAAUGGAAGCAUACCCACUAUAAUUAUGAAUCCAUAUUCAUGGACCAAGGUGGCCAACAUAAUCUUUAUAGAUGCACCAGUUGGUGCUGGGUUUUCAUACUCUACAACCUCGGAAGGGUACUAUACUUCCGAUACAAAAUCAGCUGCACAGACCUAUACUUUCUUAAGAAAGUGGUUAUAUGCACACCCAAGGUUUCAGGGAAAUCAACUGUACAUUGGUGGUGACUCAUAUUCAGGACUUAUUGUUCCCAUUCUUCUUAAGAAUAUACUAGAAGGUUUAGAGUCUGGGUCAAGGCCAAGAAUGCAACUCCAAGGAUACUUGCUUGGAAAUCCAGUUUCAGAUUCUUUUAUUGAUGUAAAUGAGAGG